AUGGCCGAGCUGCGAAAAGAAUGCUCAGAUCUUCGUACGUCCAACAAGAGCAUGGAGAUUAUGCUCCAGAACAUUGCUCGAGCCCGUUCACCUUUCUUGCCUCGCCAUUCCGUAACCGCCCAGGCUGGUCCUUCGAAUGUCUUAAUCACAUCGCCCACUCGCGAUGUCACCACUCAAUCUUAUCCUUUCCCGGAUCGCGAGGUCCCCGGGUUCUACGUCGUGAUCCCCGCAGGCGGUGCUGGUACCCGCCUGUGGCCUCUUUCUCGCGAGAACCACCCCAAGUUCCUCCUCGAUGUCAAUCUCUGCGGCAACAGCUUGCUGCAGUCGACUUGGGAACGACUACUUCCCCUCGCUGGUCCCUCACGAAUGACUGUCGUCGCGGGACCCGCUCACUCUGAGGGUAUCUUGGGCCAGCUGCCCAAUCUGGCCCCCUCGAACCUGUUCACUGAGCCUGGCCCUAAAGAUUCCAUGGCCGCCAUCGGCUUGGCUGCAGCCAUCUUGCUUAGACGCGACCCCGAUGCCGUGAUUGGAUCGUUUGCGGCUGAUCAUAUGAUUUCUGGAGAGGAAGCAUUCCUUGGUGCCGUUACUGAGGCAGUUGAAGUGGCCAAGGAAGGCUACCUGGUCACAAUUGGUAUCGCGCCCUCUCACCCUGCCACUGGAUUUGGUUACAUCCGACUGGGCGACCGCCUUGGACUUAAAUCAGCGCCUCAUUCACGACUGGUAAGCUCCUUCAAGGAGAAGCCUGAUGCUCACACCGCUGCCAAAUACCUUGCCACGGGUCAGUACCGAUGGAAUGCAGGCAUGUUCGUCACCAAAGCCUCUCUCCUCAUGGAGCUGUUGAAGGAGCACUGCCCCGCUCUCCAUGAAGGCUUGAUGAACAUUUCUGCGGUAUGGGACGAUGAGGCCGCACGCAAGGUUGCGUUGGAAGAAGUUUGGCCGACUCUGGAAAAGAUUCCCAUCGAUAACGCGGUUGCUGAGCCCGCUGCUGCUCAAGGAAAGGUGGCUGUUAUCCCAUCGACAUUCGGUUGGGACGAUGUCGGUGACUUUUCAUCUUUGGCCGAGAUGCUUCCAGCUGAGUCGAACAAGCCGCGUGUGCUUGGCGACCAGAGACUGGUUGUAUCCGAACAAACUGCUGGAGGAAUUGUUGUACCCGUAUCUGGCCGACUGAUUACGUGUCUUGGUGUCGACGACAUUGUCAUCGUGGACGCCCCUGAUGCGCUCAUGGUAACGACUAGAGCUCGUUCGCAAGAGGUGAAAUCACUCGUCAAGAAAUGUCGCGAGGCUGGAUGGAAGAAUUUGCUGUAA